UAAUGUAGAAAUUGGACAUCUUCAAUUGCUAUGGUCUGUGGUCAUUUCACGAUCACAUCGUCGUGACUUGCACCUUCGAUAUGGGGCGCGCAACUCAAUAGAACACUCAGAAAUCAGAAUACCAUUGGGAAUUGCGAACACUAAAUGAGGAUCAUAAUAGCGUAAGGCUGCCUCCAAUAGUUGCCGCGACAAGUUGAUUGAUACGAUAGAAGUAUAGGAGGCGACAUAACUCCAGUAAUUCCAGCGAAAUCCAUCCAUCUUGUUUCAAGGAUGCCCAUCAAGGCUCUAGGCUACCUCAAUACACUUAAAGAGAAUAAAUGGAACCUGUCGAUCAAAGCCGCCGUAGGAGUCAGAGUUAGAACCAGCGAGGUGCAGCAAGUUGAUCAGUACGAGAACGAGAUAGUGAGAAAAGUUACGUUUUUGGAAAAAUCAUGGUUUUUUUAUGAGCCACAAUCUGAUAUGAUGAAUCUAAGGAGCAUCAACGAGUAUCCAGAUACAUCGUGAGUAAACUUUUCUGGGCGCGCAUUUGCGAUUUCUUAUUGUCACUAAGUCCUGAAUUAGCCAGUUAAUAGUCGAAUUCAUCACAAAGGUAGACAAGGUAAAGUGAUUCACUGUGAAAAAGCCCAACCGUCUACCGCUCAACAGCUUGAGAAUAGUUGUAAUAUGGGAUUAAUGCCGGACAAAAUUGGGGAAGACCGUGGUACUAAAUUAGCUUCAAACCAGCAUAGUAAAUCAAACUGCGACAUGAAGGCUGCACUUGUCACAUCAUGGGGGGCAAAUUGGGAAUCAGGGAAGGAUGGGAGAUGUUGA